CAGACCUCUCUACCUGUCGCUUGGCCUGGCAAAAAUAAUAUUGAAUACAAAAAGUGUGAAAGCAACUGGUGCAUCAUGGACCGCUAUGCGGUAAGCUCGCUCAUCGGCCAAGGCUCCUUUGGCUGCGUGUACAAGGCGUACCGACGCGAGGAUGAUAAAGUUGUGGCCAUCAAAGUCAUAUCCAAGCGCGGGCGCUCAAAUCGUGAGUUGAAGAAUCUACGACGUGAAUGCGAUAUACAGGCGCGUCUCAAGCAUCCGCAUGUCAUCGAAAUGAUGGAAUCUUUCGAAUCGAAGUUUGAUCUGUUUGUGGUCACCGAAUUUGCUCUAAUGGAUCUACAUCGUUUUCUGUCCUUCAAUGGUUCCAUGCCCGAGGAGGAGGCACAGCUUGUUGUUUGCCACUUGGUGUCGGCAUUGUACUAUUUGCAUUCGAAUCGCAUUCUGCAUCGGGAUCUAAAGCCACAGAAUGUGCUGCUGGACAAGAAUAAGAAUGCCAAGCUAUGUGACUUUGGCUUGGCGCGCAACAUGACAAUGGGCACACAUGUGCUCACUUCAAUCAAGGGCACACCACUCUAUAUGGCGCCGGAGCUGCUGGCUGAGCAGCCGUAUGAUCAUCAUGCGGACAUGUGGUCGCUGGGUUGCAUAGCUUAUGAGAGCAUGGCGGGACAGCCGCCCUUUUGCGCCACCUCCAUACUGCACUUGGUGAAGCUGAUCAAGCACGAGGACGUCAAGUGGCCCAGCACUUUGAGUAGCGAUUGCCGUUCCUUUUUGCAGGGUUUACUUGAGAAAGAUCCUGGCAUGCGCAUAUCCUGGACGCAGCUGCUCUGUCAUCCCUUCGUCGAGGGCAAGCUGUACAUUGCCGAAGUGCAGGCGGCGCAGAGCUCACCAUUUAUUAAUCCACAGCUGCUCAAGAACAAAAAAUUGCAGCAAUCCAUCUAUAAAGGCGCAGAUUUGGGCGAUGUGCUGGCUGCACUACGGCUCAACGAGGGCCACAAUGAUAACUUAAUCAGCUCCCGGGAUAGCAUCAAUGCCAUAGCGCCCAGCGACAUAGAGCAGCUGGAAACGGACAUGGAAGACAAUGUGCAGCAGCUGGUGGUACCUUUUGCGGAGGUAUCCUACAACAAGGAUAUGCUGCCCAAUGUGGCAGCUGCUGGCGCUAUGCCACUGGUUAAUUCCCAAACUUGCUUUGUUAGCGGCAACAACAACAUGAUACUCAAUCAUCUCAAUGACAAUUUCGCCUUGGAUGCGCAUUCCACAAAUGCGGCCAGAUGCAGCCAAUCAAAGUCCAAGCUAAAGCUAUCCCAAAAGCAGUCGCGCAGCAAGGAUUUGGAAAAACGUAAGCUUAGCCAGAAUCUGGACAACUUUUCGCUGCGUCUGGGCCAAAGCAUUGACACCGAGGCGCAGCGUAAGACAACGGAGAUGCUCACACAGCAGUCACAGGUGCAAAGAGAGCAGCAGCAGCAGCAGCAGCAAAAUCAAUAUCAACAGCAACAGCAGCAGCAGCAACAACAGGAGAAAAAGUCACAGCAGCUGAAGCAGUCCAUGCACUCCACCAACGAAGAGAAGCUGAGCAGCGAAAACUCUCCGCCUUGUCUGCUGCCCGGCUGGGACAGCUGCGAUGAAUCACAGAGUCCGCCCAUUGAGAACGACGAGUGGCUGGCCUUUUUGCAUCGCUCCAUGCAGGAGCUAUUGGAUGGUGAGUUCGACUCGCUGAAGCAGCAUAAUCUGGUUAGUAUUAUUGUCGCACCGCUGCGCAACUCCAAGGCCAUACCCAAAGUGCUGCAAAGUGUGGCCCAGUUGCUUUCGCUGCCCUUUGUGCUCGCUGAUCCCGAGCUAACGCUGGAGGCCAUUAAGAAAGUGUACAUCGAUGUCAAGCUGGUGCCGAAUCUCAUGUACGCCUGCAAGCUGCUGCUCUCCCAGCGUCCGCUUACAGACUCGGCAGCAUCACUGCCAGCGGUCAUGGGCGCCUCGCUCAGCCGCACGCUGCGCAGUGUGAGCGAUCUCAGCGCCGAGGAAAUGAGCACCGCCUGUAGCUUAUACGAGCUCGUCUGCAAUCUCGCCCAUCAGAAUCAGCAGUUUCUCAGCCAAUUUUGCGAUGCAGUUGCUAUACUGGCGGUCAAUGAUAUGUUUAUCAACUUUUUGACCCAUGAUUUCAGUAAUGCGCAUAGCGUGCGCUUGGCCAGCUGCUUGCUCGCGUUGUUCUGCUGCGUGCUGCGCGAGCUGCCCGAGAAUGCGGAGCUUGUGGAGAAGAUUGUCUUUGACUCGCGGCUGCGUCUAGUGAGUCUGCUCCAGAGCCGUCAUCAGUUGCUGCGUCAACGCGCCUGUCAGCUGCUCAUGUUGCUGGCGCGCUUCAGUCUGCGGGGCGUGCAGCACAUUUGGAGCGCAGAGCUGCGAAGCGCGCUGCAGGCGCUGGCCGAGCAGGAGAAUAAUCCAUCGCUGCAGCGAGACGCUGCCCAGACACUGGACGAGAUUAGCCAAUUUACAUUCUUUGUGGCGCAAUCCUAGCAGUUUUUCUAUAAAGUGCAAUCUCGAUAAAUCCAUGUCGCAUUAACUCGAUUAACUACGAUCAUGCAAAGUUUAUAAAACUGUUGUCUAAAUGUUGCUAUUACAUUUAUGAAUGUCUAGAGUUUAGAGUUUAAGAAAACAAAACAUAUAUAUUUUAUAUA